CUUACCGCCAACCGGAUGUGACAGCCGCAGCUGAUAGUAGCAUGCGACUAAUCGAUGUCGACACACUCGAGAUUAAGGCCUUCAGCGAGCAAGAUGUCCCGGACUACGCGAUCCUAUCGCACACGUGGGGGGCAGAUGAGGUUACGUUCCAAGAAAUGUCCCUAAUAACGCGUAUGAACUCCGUGUCACAAGCGUUCAGCAGUCAACGCUCGGACGACUCUCGAGAAGGAAAUGCGGGUAGAGUCUACGAAUCUGGAGCUGUAAUGGUAGCCAUGGAAAUGCUGGUGCAUGGCGGCUGGGGUGCUGGGACGAAUGUUCCAAAUACGAGCGAAGAGGCAUUGAUGAGAAGAGAGGGCUAUUGCAAGAUCAUUCAAUCAGCUAAAGAAGCCAAGAGUCUGGGUUACCAAUGGGUUUGGAUAGAUACAUGUUGCAUCGACAAAACCUCAAGUGCAGAGCUCCAGGAGUCGAUCAACUCUAUGUACAAGUGGUAUAAAGAGUCAUCGAUCUGUUUGGUAUAUCUGAACGACGUUGCGCCUAGCAUCGCAGCGACCAUAGAUACACAAGCCACAUUCGAGGCGGCAAGCAAUGCGUUCACAAACUCUCGCUGGAUCAGUAGAGGCUGGACUCUCCAAGAGCUUGUCGCUCCGACAGCACUGCGGUUCUAUUACCAGGAUUGGACCCUCAUGGGGGACAAGCGCGAAUUCCUUGAAGAGCUCUCCAAUGCGACCGGUAUACCCAUCUUCGUGCUGGACAAUGGCGAGCUAAGUGAGCUUUCUAUCGCUGAAAGGAUGUCGUGGGCUUCUUACAGGCAGACAACACGGAUCGAAGACAUGGCGUACUGUCUCCUAGGCAUUUUCGACAUCCAGAUGCCGCUUCUUUAUGGAGAAGGCGAAAAGGCCUUCAUCCGCCUCCAGGAGGAGAUCCUCAAAACGACCGACGACUACUCGCUCUUCGCCUGGCGAGUCGUGACCUCAGAUUCUGGCUCAGCUUCGAAGUCGGUUUACAGAGGUCUACUUGCACGCUCACCUCUCGAGUUCCGCCAUUGUAGUUCUGUAGAACGCGAGAAUACAACAUGUACCUUGCCCAUGAGCGCGACCGCCAUAGGACUACACCUCGAACUGGAAUUCCUCAACGACCCCAAAGAUAGAACACGCUUCUUGGUUUUGAUCCGCUGCAACAACUCCUUAAACCAGCGGCUUGCGAUUUACCUCAAAUGCAUCGACGGCGCUCACCAGUACGCUCGCGUCGAAGCGGGCUCCCUGAUACCCAUCGACAACUGGCCGACAGGCCAACCCCGUUCAAUAUACAUAAGACAGAAGCUAAAUAUCCCGCGCGACUUCUUCGCUAUCGAGAUGCGUUGCAUCCGGAUCCAACGCCGCUUCGAGCAUCACUCCGUGUCUCCAACAGUAAAGAUAUCCUCUGUCUUCCCGCCCUUAGCCUGGAACCCGCGGAUACACGAACUUUCAAUUCCCUCGACCACCCUCGAGUUCUUCGCAGUCCUGUUCCUACGUGCACAAUCGUCGCCGUAUGGAGCAUCUACGCACUUUCAAAUCGUCGUCGGGUUCAAUCGGAGGAACAAACAUUACUGGUGCAAAGCCAUGCAGAGGAGAUGGCCAGAUGUGAAUGUGGAUCCUUUGCGUUGGCAUGCAGCGAUCAGGAAGGCGUUACCAGUGGAAAUCAACGAUCCAAUGCUGAAAAACGACGUCAGGCACGAUAUCUUCGUUGUGGGAGAGAGUGGGAUGGGAAUCAAUGUUGAAGUGAGAGCGGGUUUGAGUGGGGACCAUAUAGGAUUGCAUCUUCUUGUCGACGGGUUUGUGAAGGGACCUUGAAGUGGAAGAUCUAAAAUACCAAGGCAACUAUGUAAGUAGUGCAAGACUUCUGCUGCUUGCUUGAUAGUUGCGCACUUGAUAGUCCUAUACAGGACUAAGUCACCCAUGGCUAUGCAAGCAUGCGCGGAGGUUAACAAAUUUGCGAAGCUCCCUUGCAGGCGUCCAGCUUCUUCUAUUGCACGCGAAUGUUGAAU